AUGUUAAGAAAACAGGCCAAUUUUACUUGCAUACCCUCGAAACCAGCGCCCCCGAGACCAAGAGUCAAGCCCACUAGUCAAGACCUCCAGGAACGCCUCACAAAAUGCGAAGCAUUGCUGCAACAAUACGCAGUUGCUGGUAGCAGUCACAGGCGUUCCUCACAACAAGAAGAUGGUAUCUCAAAGGGCAGCCCGAACGAUCAUACUCUCAAGGUGAACGAGGCUGUCGGUAAUCGGACCAGGAGGCCUGUUGAUGGCGAGCUGUGGGUUACUCUCAAUGAUGAGAUCCACAAGAUGAAGAAGAUCAUCGAGGAGGAUCACCCAGAGGCUCUCCUACACGAAGACGACGCGCCCCAUAGCGUCUCGGAGUAUUCCUCGCCCAGUUGCCCUGAAACCCCGCAGCUCGACCCUGUCACAGUUUUCAAGCUCUGGCAAAUCUUCCUCGACCGCGUUAACCCACUCAUCAAAAUCAUCCACGCACCAUCCGUGCAGGUUUUGAUUGUAUCUGCCGCCGCCGACAUUACUCUGAUUCCAUUGGACCAGCAGGCAUUGAUGUAUAGUAUCUUCGGGUUGGCGGUUCUCGCGCUGAGGAGUGAUGAGCUGGCAGCUAUCUUCGGCGAGGACAAAACACGAGAAGGUGUGUUGCAAGACAUGUUGAAAAGCGUGAGCGGGGUGCUCGUGCGCUUUGACGCCUUGAAGCGGUACAAUAUGGUUGUCCUCCAAGCUCUGUUGCACACCUCGAUUGUUCUCAUGGGCCAGUGCAACAAGCACGCGUCAUGGGUUAUGCUGGGCUCAUUGACUGAAAUGCGUCGCCGCAUCUGGUGGCAGAUUGUCAUGUAUGACAUCAAACUGGGAAUCGACUGCGGUUUGACUUACAGCUGUAUUCCCAAGAGCUUUGACACCAAGCAGCCUCUCAACCUUAAUGAUGCGGAUUUGUUUCCUGAUGCCACAGGUGAGCUGACGCAUAGAGAUGGCCCAACCGAGAUGGCAUUUGUCAUGAUGAUACAUCGUGUGGCCGCAUAUCUGCUCGAUGAAGAGACCCGACAGGCCGUCGAGGCAAAUAUCCUCGGCCAAGAGAUACAUCCUACCAGUGUGGAACGCAAUCGUACCCUCAUAGACGGGCUGGAGGCUGACCUCCUGGAUAUGGAGAAACGGUUCAUCAUCGGAAAGGCAAGCAACGCUCACACGGCGGCCCUAGGAAUUCGUCCACAUCUCAUCAAGCGCCUACACGACAUGAUGCGUCCCAUGCACGAAUCGCCUGACUGGGGUGUCGACGUCUUUUCCCCUAGAGAUAACCUCUUCAAACUCAUCCUAUCCAGCUGCGAAAAUGCGAGCGACUCCUACGAACAGAUGGACCGAUGGGGCUUUGCUUGGUAUAUCCGUCUGCACUUCAACUUAGACCUCCUAGCCUCGCUGUCCACAUUUUUAUACCAUCGUCCCCUGAGUUCCUUGGCUGACCGCGGUUGGACUAUCUUCACUUCCCCAUACAUAAGGGAUACCCUACUGCAAGAACCUAAAUCGAAAGCCGCAGUGAUCUCAGCGCAAUUCGCUCUGAGAGCCUACACCCAGCGAGAGCGCACCCUGGCUGACGCCGGACAGUGUGUUGAGACGCCCAACUUUAUCAUUGAGCUGAGGCAAAUACUCAAUUCACCCCUAGCCACGCCUCCUUUGCCAGCCAUCUUGAAUCAGUGGGCAGCUCUCGGGACGAUGACGACUGCUGCCAUACAAAUGGAGGCAACGCAUGAGAUGAAUAUGCAUAUGUUUAUGCCGUUUACCGGAGAGGGUAGAGGGGAUGGAAGUUAUGAUUUCUGGCCUGCUGUGCCGUGGAGGACUGAUUAA